CCAACUCAUCAACCAAGAGGACGUGGCUCGCUGACAUGACGGUGACGGGCGUUGAUGCCAAGAUAUGCUCGCCUUCCUCGACCGAGGAAACAUCGGCAAUGCCAGGAUCGCGGGCAUGGCGAAGGAUCUCGCCCUGGACACAAACCGCUACAACUGGCUGCUCAACAUGUUCUACAUUACAUAUGUCAUCGCCGAGUUUAGCGUCUUACUGUGGAAGGUCUUCCCGCCGCACAUCGUCGGAAGCCUUGUUGUUUUCAGCUGGGGACUGAUUGCCACGGUGCAAGCCGGUGUGCAGAGCUGGGGGGGCGAGAUGGCUCUGCGGUUUCUUCUCGGCGCCUUCGAGGCGGCCUACGGACCGGGCAUUAUCUAUCUCCUGUCCUUCUUCUACCUCCGGCACGAGAUUGGUUUCCGAUGCGGCAUCUUCGCCUCAGCGGCUCCCUUGGCGUCGACCUUUGCCGGCGCUCUCGCCUACGGCAUCACCAGCGGCCACUCGAAGCUCGCCAACUGGCGCCUGCUCUUUCUCGUCGAGGGCCUGCCCACCGUUCUCAUGUCCGUCAUUGCGUUCUUCUUCAUCCCGGACUCCCCCGAGAAGGCCCGGUUCGUCACGACUGAGGAGAGAGCCAUCGUUCGGUCUCGGACCGUGCGCCAAGUCGGCAGCGUUUCCAGCGAGAGGAUCGGGGGGGUGAAGCUCAAGGACGUCCUCUCCAUCUUCAUCGACCCCAAGGCCUGGAUGUGUGCUCUCAUGUACUUCUGCGGCAACGUCAGCUACUCCAGCCUUCCCGUCUUCCUGCCCACUAUCCUUGAAGACAUGGGCUACACCGCCAUCAACGCACAGGGCCUGUCUGCACCUCCAUCCUUUGCCGCCUUCCUGUUUGCCCUGAUUACCACGUGGAUUGCCGACAAGACGCAGCAGCGAUGCUUUGUGCUCUUUGUUACCUCUGCCAUCGGCGGAGUGGGAUAUAUCAUCCUUGCCACGGUCGAAACAGUCGGGGUCCGCUACUUCGCUACCUUCCUGGCCUCUGCCGGUGUCUUCUCGACCAUUCCCAACAUCUUGGCUCUUACCUUGAACAACCAGGGCAAUGACACACGACGCGGCAUGUCAAUUGUCCUCAUCAAUCUUAUCGGCCAGUGCGGCCCGUUCCUGGGAACCAACGUCUUUCCCUUGGAAGAGAGGCCAAGGUAUAUCAAGGGCAUGAGCAUCUGCGCCUCCUUCAUGUUCUUCUCGGCCAUUCUCGCCCUUUCCCAGCGCGUCUUACUCAUGUGGGAGAACCGUAAGCUCGACCGCAAGUAUGGCCCUGUAAAGAAGGAAACGGAGGGCAAGUCGGAGAGUGUGGCCGUGGAGAACUAUGGACCGAACUUCCGAUAUGUUCUCUGAUACCUCAACCCGACGUUCUCGAACGAGAUAAUUUAGGGGAGGACAGAAUAGGAAGCUUGCGCCGGGUGUAGCCGGAUGCCGAAUCCGAGUCGGUUUGGCUAGCGUACAGUACAUACGCUUAUAAAUGUGCGCAUAUAGAGGGGAAGACGGAGCAUGUCGAACCAAAAAGAAAAAUGGUUGUAGCGAUCUAGAGGCGAUGGAUAAAAGGAGCUUGACCAUGGCCUUGAAUCGGCCGAUGAGCUUCGGAGUAUUUCUCGUCGAGCUGGGCUGGUGUACUAUCACCUCAUGGUCUUUAAUGCUAAUAUUAUCGCCAUAG